AUGAGAGAAAUUGUUCAUAUUCAGGGAGGACAAUGUGGUAACCAGAUUGGUGCUAAAUUCUGGGAAGUCAUUUCUGAUGAACAUGGGAUCGACCCUACUGGUACUUACCAUGGAGAAUCUGACUUACAGAUGGAGCGUAUUAACGUAUUCUACAAUGAAGCCUCAGGUGGUAGAUAUGUUCCAAGAGCAAUUUUGGUAGAUCUUGAACCGGGAACAAUGGAUUCAGUCAGAGCUGGUCCUUUUGGAUCUUUGUUUAGACCAGACAACUUUAUUUUUGGGCAAAGUGGAGCUGGCAAUAUUUGGGCUAAAGGUCACUAUACUGAAGGAGCUGAACUCUUGGAUGCAGUAAUGGAUGUAGUUAGACACGAGGCAGAGUCUUGCGAUUGCCUACAAGGUUUUCAAAUAACUCACUCCUUGGGAGGUGGUACUGGAUCUGGUAUGGGAACUUUAUUGGUUGGAAAGAUUCAUGAGGAAUUCCCAGAUCGCAUUCUUCAAACAUUUUCUGUAUUCCCAUCUCCAAAAGUAUCAGAUACUGUAGUAGAGCCUUACAAUGCAACCUUGUCAAUUCACCAGUUGGUUGAGAACUCAGAUGCUGUUCAGGUAAUUGAUAAUGAAGCUUUGUACGAUAUCUGCUUUAGAACAUUGAAGCUUACCAACCCAUCUUACGGAGAUUUGAACCAUUUGGUUUCGGUUGCCAUGUCUGGUGUAACUUGCUGCCUACGUUUCCCAGGUCAACUUAACAGCGACUUAAGGAAGAUGUGUGUUAACUUGGUUCCUUUCCCAAGAUUACACUUCUUCAUGAUUGGGUUCGCUCCUCUGACCUCGAGAGGAUCUCAACAAUACAGAUCCCUAUCAGUAGCUGAACUAACCCAACAAAUGUUUGACGCCAAAAAUAUGAUGUGCGCCUCAGACCCUCGCCAUGGAAGAUAUCUCACAGCUAGUGUGAUGUUCAGAGGUAGAAUGUCAACGAAGGAGGUCGAUGAGCAAAUGCUUUUGGUUCAAAACAGAAACUCAUCUUACUUUGUUGAAUGGAUCCCCAAUAAUAUCAAGUCAUCAGUCUGUGAUAUUCCUCCAAAAGGAUUAAAGAUGGCUUCAACAUUUGUUGGUAACUCUACUGCUAUCCAGGAAAUGUUCAGACGCGUUGCCGAACAAUUUACCUCCAUGUUCAGGAGAAAGGCCUUCUUGCACUGGUAUACUGGAGAGGGAAUGGAUGAAAUGGAGUUCACUGAAGCUGAAAGUAAUAUGAAUGAUUUGGUUUCUGAAUAUCAACAAUAUCAGGAUGUUCCGGUUGAAGAAGACGAGUAUCCAGAUGACGAACAUAAUAUUGAAGCUUAA